AUGUUCCGCAAGAAGAAAAAGAAGAGGCCUGAUAUAUCAGCGCCCAAGAACUUCGAGCACCGUGUCCACACCUCAUUCGACGCCAAGCGGGGAUGCUUUGUGGGCUUGCCAACGCAAUGGCAAAGCUUGAUAGAGAACCUGCGCAGGCCCAGACCCAUGGUGGACCCCUCCAGGAUCACAGAGGUGGAGCUGAGGCCAAGGAAGACCAUUGUGCGUGGGAGCAUGAUUGGUCAUGGAGACUACAUCGCAGCUAUGAUCAGCGACAUGAACCGGCUGUCUGUGACCAGCUCCAACUCCCUGAGGAAGAGCAGCCCCUCGGCCCGGAAGAGGGCCCAGUCUCUGGGGAGGCUGGGGGAGGUGAACGAGGGAGAAACCUACCAGUAUGAGGGUCUGACCCAGGACAACGAAGAUGAUGAGGACCAGGACCAGUGGAGGGAAAGGGCCAGGAACAUUCACAGUGAGUCCAACACCCCUUAUCUAGGCAUGAAGAAGAGCAUCACGCUGCAACCCAAUGGGAUCUUGCCAAAGGCUAAAUCUACCUACGAAGUGAGCACCAUGGAGGGACCCCUGUAUCCGGCUCAGUCCCAUAAUAUGCCGGUGCCGAGUUACGAGGCCUACAUGAACUCCGAGAUGGGCAGUCCUCAGGAGAGAGUGAUAUGGAAAAGAGAUUUCCAGCUGCCAAGGGGAAUGCAACCAAAUCAGAGACCUAUAGCUUGUUUCUACAGUCCUGCUAUGAGUGUGCAGCAGCCCCACGGGGACCAAGGGACUGUCACAACGGAGCUGAGGCCCAAUUUACCGAUGUACAUGCACCCACAGAACAGCCCCGGGAGGCCGUUCUCCUCCUACGACCUGAAGGCAGAGUCGACAGUGAGGUACCACUCCGGCUUCCUGCCCACUGGCACAAGCAGUCCUCUGGUGGGCGGCAUCCGGCCUCAGCGAACAGUGCGCUCCUCGGCUAGCUACACCCUGGGCCUUUCUCCUAACAUGGGACUGCGACCCGGAGGGCCUGACCCCUUCCUCAGACUCUCCGGAUGCCCCAUCCCUCCUUACCCCAGGCAGGACAGUCCCUCCCAGCCUCGACCCUCCCCUACAGGCUCCCUAGCUACGAGUCCCCCCGGCACCUGCUCUCCUGCCUUUAGACCUCCGCAGCACCCUUCGCCCAGGCCUCCCCCGGACCCGCCAAAGGUGACCCACGAACAGUUCAAAGCUGCCCUGCAGAUGGUGGUCGACAAGGGUGAUCCGCGGUCUUACCUGGAGAACUUUGUAAAGAUUGGCGAGGGCUCGACGGGGGUGGUGUGCAUCGCCACAGAGAAGCACAGUGGCAGGGAGGUAGCGGUGAAGAUGAUGGACCUGCGGCGCCAGCAAAGAAGAGAACUGCUCUUUAAUGAGGUGGUGAUCAUGAGGGACUAUCAGCACAGGAACGUGGUGGAGAUGUUUAAGUCGGCCCUGGUGGAGGAGGAGCUGUGGGUCAUCAUGGAGUACCUGCAGGGUGGAGCACUCACCAACAUCGUGUCCGAAACCAGGCUGAAUGAGGAGCAGAUUGCCACAGUGUGUGAAGCUGUCCUUCAGGCUCUGGCCUACCUCCAUUCACAGGGAGUCAUCCACAGAGACAUCAAGAGUGACUCUAUACUGCUCACGUUAGACGGAAGAGUCAAGCUUUCAGACUUUGGCUUCUGUGCUCAGAUCAGUAAGGACAUCCCUAAGAGGAAGUCUUUGGUGGGGACGCCGUAUUGGAUGGCUCCAGAGGUCAUCUCCAAAUCACCAUAUGGCACUGAGGUGGAUAUCUGGUCAAUGGGUAUCAUGGUGGUGGAGAUGGUGGAUGGAGAGCCACCGUACUUCAGUGAAACCCCUGUAGCAGCUAUGAAGAGGCUGAGGGAUGAACUUGCUCCUACUGUUCGAAAUGUCAGCCAGAUCUUCCCAGUUCUAAAAGACUUCCUGGAUCGCAUGCUGACUCGGGACCCUCUUGAGCGGGCCAGCGCCACUGACCUGCUGGAGCACCCUUUCCUGCUGCAGUGCGGCUCACCUCAGUGCCUGGUCCCACUGGUGGAGCAGUACCGCAAGCGCAUGUCCCGCUGCUGA